UGCUGUCAGUUGAUCGCGCACCGCGCUGCUAAUACGAAGUGAGCGGCUACGGGGAACAGGAUAAAGUUAUAUUCAAUGUUAAACAGUUUUGAGAUUAAUCGCGGAUUAAUUUAUUCAUGAGAUGGAAAAAUUAUGGUUUCGGAUUUACUUGGCCGAUGGUAUAUUUUUUGGGGAUGAAAAAUAUUUUUUUAUAUUUUAAGGAUACACGAGUCAAAAUCGAUAUAGCUACCGGUUUGCAGUUAAUAUUUUUAUUUGGGAAUUCUUUUUAAGAAUACCAAACCGCACCGAGUAAGAUUGUUUGGGAGAUUCGUAUGGUUAAUCCUGAAGGAAGAGGAAGAAACGGGAGAGUUUCUAUUUGUACGACACGGCGGGACUUCACGGCAGUGUGUAAUUGUUCGCCGACGUGAAAGGAGAAAAACGGGAAAGGGACGAUGGGACUUGCAAAAAUACUGCGGCAAUUACGUCGGACGGAGCCUUAGUGUCGACGUGUGUGAAGUUAGCCGUGAUCGAGAGUUCAGUCUCAUCCGUCGCGUCAUAUUUGGAUAGGCAUUUGCCUGCUUGAUUCCUUUAGGAAAAUGUCGAACGGAUCUCACGUUCAUGGCUGUCAGUUAUCAGGGCUGUAGACUCGAUGGGACAGACUCACUAUGGAUGACCUAUCUCCAUUACGUCGAUCAACGUGACGUUGGAGGAUACGAUCUGGAUAAGGUUAACCGUGUGGAGAUGUUCCUGUCAUAAGUGUUGAAAAAAUUUGUCAACAUGGGUUGGCUCACUCAGUGUGUCUGUGGCUCGAGGCGUAAGGGUUCUGAUACUGAUCUUGGUGGGGUCGAGACGGAAGUUGGCAAGUCCAAAAAAUUUGGAAAAAAAAGGACUGAUAAGAAUGUUAGGAAAAAAGGUUCUGCUGGGAGUAAGAAGGGUCUGCCUGGUGAAGAGACGUGUAAGGUGGAUGUCAGUGCGGAAGAUGAUAAAGAGGUAGCGAAGAUCAAGGAAUCGGAUGACUCCAGUGGGAAGCCUGUGCAUGAUAAUGGAAACUGUCACGAUAAGGCGACAGAGAACGUUUCUGAGAAUUACAACGUGGAUGCUGUGGGUGACGAGGCAAGAUCGUUGACGGCGGAUCAAUCUCGGGAUUUGGAACCCAAGGUGUCUAGGGAAAUGCAUGGAUCUUUGAUUUUGGGAAAAUCUUACGAUGUUUUGCCACAGUUGCAAGUGAAAGAGGAGACGAAAAAUUUGAAAAUAAAUGAAAAUUUGUCUGAUAGUGGGGGUAAUUGUGGGAACGAUUGUUCGAGUCGAAAGAAUGAUCUAAGGAAAAAUAAAUCUGGACUGAAACAGCCUGUAGUGGGGAAAACACCGAUUUUCGUGAAAAAGGAUUUUCGCGAGAACGUAAAUUCUUGCAGUUUUGAAAUUCCGAUUUUCGAUGAUUCCAAAAAAGUAGAAAAUAAAAAGUAUCGAAACGAGACUUCCUUGAUACCGAGGGGUCCAACGUUCUCUCGAGGGAUCAAGGAUGCUGCGGAGGAGCCCAAAGAUGUACAGGAUGACGAAGACGGCCGGGUUCACUUGGCCAUCAUUUCUGGUGUCAAUUGGGAACAGCGGAGCAUAACUGUAGAAUGGUUCGAAAGAGGAGAGACCAAAGGGAAGGAGGUGGAAAUCGAUGCAAUUCUAGCCUUGAAUCCGGAAUUAGUCCCAAAAACAAUGGGACCACCACCGCCGCCGACAAUGAACAACCAUAUGUUAGCUACCAAAGCCAGGGACUCUUCCGGUGAGGAGGACGAGGGCCUUGACGAGUUGGAGAACCAGGAUGAGGGCUCUCUUGGGCGUCACGGCGGCCACACCGUUAGGAAUGGCCUCACCUCUGCAACGCUUCCUGUACGAGUCACAUCUCGUCUUUCGCACUCGACCAGGCCGUCUAUUCCAGUAAAAGCGGGCUCGAACCGGCAAAUAUCACGGCAAGCAGGUCGAUCGACGAAUGUCAUGCCAUCCGUGACUUCGUCGAAUGGCCAUGGUGAUUCUGUCUCGGGUCUUACAGGACGUCGCGAAGUGGAGAACAUUCCACCAACGUUGGCAGCGCCGACGCUGACGCCUGUAACUGCCACCCCGCUGAGUAAGCAGAAGCAGCUGCAGCAGCAGCAGCAACUGCAAUUGCAGCAGCAGCAGCAGCAGCAGCAGCAGAUGGCUGCGACGCAGGCUCAGGUGGAGAACGGAAGAGGUAGGAGAUCGAACGUCGUGAAGGAAGUGGAGCGGCUGAAGAAGAACCGCGAAGAGAGAAGACAGCGGCAGGCAGAGUUGAAGGAGGAGAAGGAGGCGCUUAUGAAUUUGGAUCCUGGCAAUCCGAAUUGGGAGUUCCUUGCUAUGAUCAGGGAGUAUCAAAACAGCAUAGACUUCAGGCCGUUGUGCGAAUCGGAUACUGUGGAUGAUCAUCAGAUAACUGUUUGCGUGCGGAAGCGUCCUCUUAACAAGAAGGAAUUGACACGUAAGGAGGUUGACGUGAUAAGUAUACCAAGUAAGGACCAAGUGGUCGUCCAUGAGCCAAAGGCCAAGGUCGACCUAACGAAAUACCUGGAGAACCAACUGUUCAGAUUUGACUAUGCCUUUGACGAUACAUGCACCAACGAGAUAGUCUAUAAAUACACGGCCAAGCCGCUCGUUCAAACUAUCUUCGAAGGCGGUAUGGCCACGUGCUUUGCCUAUGGACAGACCGGAAGUGGAAAGACUCAUACGAUGGGCGGCGACUUCAACGGUAAGACCCAGGACUGCAAGAAGGGCAUUUACGCCAUGGUAGCCAAGGACGUCUUCAAGUGUCACAAAUCCGCCAAGUUUCGGCCGCUCAAUCUCGUCAUCUCCGCCAGCUUCUUUGAGAUCUACUCCGGCAAGGUAUUUGACCUCCUAGCGGACAAGGAGAAGCUCAGGGUCUUGGAAGAUGGCAAGCAGCAGGUUCAAAUAGUGGGUUUGACUGAGAAGGUCGUUGAAACUAGCGACGAAGUUCUCAAACUUAUUCAGCACGGCAACAGUGCCAGGACCAGUGGGCAGACCAGUGCGAAUUCGAAUUCCUCCAGGUCGCAUGCCGUAUUUCAAAUAAUAGCACGGACACCAGGAACGCACAAAGUUCAUGGUAAAUUCUCCCUCAUCGAUCUUGCUGGUAACGAGAGAGGUGCAGAUACAUCGUCCGCCAAUAGACAGACACGAAUGGAAGGCGCGGAGAUCAACAAAUCUCUCCUGGCGUUGAAGGAGUGCAUCCGUGCGUUAGGUCGCAAGGGUACGCAUCUGCCGUUCAGAGCCAGUAAACUCACUCAAGUGCUUAGGGAUAGUUUUAUUGGUGAAAAAUCAAAAACCUGCAUGAUCGCCAUGAUUAGUCCGGGUAUGAGCUCCUGUGAACACUCUUUAAAUACUCUGCGGUACGCGGAUCGAGUGAAGGAAUUAGCUGCGACAGAUCCGACCGAGCAGAAGAAUUUGCAGACCGACGAUGACGUAGGAUUGAAGAUCGAAGAUCAAUCAAACGACAGUGUUCUGUCGGACAGCGAUUUGGCACAGCUGAGGUCUCUUAAUGAGGGUGAACUUUCGCAAGAUCUGUACACGUUUCACGAAGCGGUCUCCGCGCUACAACUGUUGGAGGAAGAGGUUUUGGACAAACACAAAGUAGUGAUGGAUAACACGACCAAGUUCCUCAAUGACGCCCAUAGCGUUUUCAGUGCGACACACGAGGUGGACUACGAUCAGGAAGAUUUGAGACGGAAAAGAACAAAGUUUGAGUCACCCUACCUGAGGCGGUUCUCGUUGCAUAGGCGUCUCAAAGAGCGAAAGCAAUUUUCCGACGCUUACAUCCAAAAGUGGCAGCAACUUCUGGUCCAGCAACGCGACGUACUAAACGACGCCCUCGGUCAGACCGUUCAAUUCCGGGAUCAGCUUCUCCAGGAAGAGCAGAUCAGCCAGAAGAUGACGCGCACGCGAAACUCACGAUACAACUAAGGAUAAACUAAACGAAAACACCCUACGAUCGAUCUACUAAUAUCACUACCGAAUCGCCUAUUAUAAUUCCUCUUCUACCUCGGAUUGUAAUUGUAAAAGCUGUAAUUUAUACCGUAAGCGGGUACAGUCACACCCAACAACAUCCAAAAUUACAUGUCACACGUGCACGCACACACUACUCGUCUAGCGUAGAGGUAUGAAUUUAUUGACUAGAUUUUAAUCGUGCGUGGUACGCAUUUUUGGACUAAGAAUCGAUUCGCCAAUCACUUGACGGUCCAGUGUUUGAUUUUUUUAUUUAAUUGAUACGUAUAUUUGAUUCUGGGUAAGUGAAUCAGGGAUUUAGCUACCGAAAAACAAAAAUUUAUUCUCGACCCAACCUGCGUAUGCGAUAUUAGUAGCGUUCUUCUUGUUGAAUAAUAAUAAUAAUAAUAAUAAUAUUUUUGCAAAUUAUUGAUUGAUAUCUUUUCGUGUGACGAUUGUGUUCGAUAGGUGAUUAUGAUUCAGGUAGAAUUGGAUGAUUGUACGGUGACUUUAGGAAUUCCCCAUGCGAAUCAUCCUCGGUGAUACUGUCAGUAGCUGUGAGAAAUCGCUGGUAAUGUCCGUAUAUAGUUCUUUUAUUGUCUCUUAUUACUAUUACUUUUUGUUUUUUUUAUAAAAUUGAUUAGACAUUUUUAUCAGGAACCGUAUUCGUCCGAAAUUCGUAAACGUUUUCUCUCUUUGUUUAUUAUUAUCUCUUUCUUAUUUGAUCGAUGCCGUGUAGUAUAAUUAUCGAGUCGUAAUGUAUUAUUCGCGUUUCUAAUGAAAAAUUUUAUUCGCUUCAAGCAGACGAAAUGGUUCUCGCUCGAAAAAAGGAAGGGUUUAUCAUGUAUUUAAUAUUUCUAAUAAUACAAUAAAAAUCGCAAGAAUGUUCUGUUCUCUUAUUCUGGUUCUUCUCUGUUUUUUUUUGUUUGCGUUUUUUUUUGCUAAAGAAAACUAAACGAGACGCAGGACGUUUGCUGAGCUGAAGUUGGUCUAACUACGUAAUAAAUACCGUGUUAUCCUUACAGCUUUUAGCUAUUAUACAUUAUGUCAAAAAGAAAUAUUAGAGGCGAUUGCGAGAACGAUAGAAACAAUGAGAGAGAGAGAGAGAGAGAGUGAGAAAUUAUGUUGUGUAUAUGGUAUGUAUGUAUGAUAGAAGUUAAUACGAAGAAAGUAUAGAGUGAAGAAAUUAACGUUGUGAAUAUGAGAAGAGAGGAUAUAGGACUAGAAACACAUUUUUUUAAAUCCUGCAUAUUAAACCUUUACAUGUAUAGUGAGCGAGACACUCGUAUUAAACCAAAUAACGACUGAUUUCAAAAGUAACAUGUUAGCGGUAAGAAGACACUUUACAGCGGGACACGCCAAUGGUCCAAGUAUUUUAGUUUUACGUAGCAUUAUUAAUAUUGUCAUUCACUCUUUAUUAUUAUUUGUCGCCUCUUCUUUUUCUUCCUUUUACUUUUCAUUCUUCGCUUGUAUCUGGUUCUCUGUCAAUCUUGUUACUGGUUUCUUCUUUUCUUUUCCACCUCGUUCCUCAUUCUUUUCUUUACAUAACUAUUAAAAGCACGUGACUAAAAUAUUAUCAAGCUUUCGAGAGAUACUCUGUGUUUCCUUCGUCGUCAAGAGUCCUUUCACAUAUGCUCCCCUCGAACGUCCCAUCAACUGUUAAUAUAACUUUCAACAAUACCGUUCAUAUAAUAUAGUCAUUGUGUCUGAAAGUUUAGACCAAUAGAUUUAAAGUUCGGUGGGACGCGUGCUUCCGUAUUAGGAUUCUCAAGGGGAAUUUACGUAGCAGAUGAUUCUCGAUGAUUUUUUUCUGCUUUAAUAGAUGCGCCACCGGGUAUGGCGCCAAUGACGUUUAUUAAUUGAUAAUAACGUAGUUCGAUAAUAGGUAAAUUAUUAAAAUGAUAUCAAACGCGUUGUGUUGCCUAGAUUUGAUAAUACUGAAAUAUAAACGACUUUGCGUUCCCUUGAAAAUCCAAGAUAAUCUUCAGGGAGUUCCGAGGAUUUGGAAAAUGUUCUCUGGGACUUGUGCCGGGUGGAGCUUUUAUAUUGGAUUUAUUAUAAUGAAGACGAAAAGCAAAAAAAGAUUGUGCUUGUGUGUUCGUAUAACCGUUUUUUUUUUCUCCAUAUUUUUCUCUUAUCUGAAAAAAAAGUUUUAUCUUAUAUUUUCUAACGAGCUUGCGGCACGCGAAUGAGAUUAUACAAUUUAAUGCGAUGCUGCAAUAGAUGCUGCAGGGCCUUCGUUAUACUGAUUCUUAUUGACGGCCCCUAAUUUACACGAUGCGUCGCAUCGUCGCGAGAUUUUUGCUGAAGCACAAGACAAUAGGCGUUCGAAUGAUGGAACUUCCGAAUUGUACCGAAACUGCCCGAAGAGUACCGAAGCUUUGUAGAGUGUAUGAAAAUAAAAAUUGAACACAAAUUUUUCGCUAACUUGGCAGAACGAAUAUUGAUUGAGGGAAUAUUUAUUGUACGAGGAAGAUUGAUGGAGAUUACGAAGAUGAAUGUUGAUAAAACGUAUUAAUUUUUUUAUAUGCGAAUAAUUUAUGAUAUCAAAAGUAUAUAAAAUAACUGCAACGGAUUGUCAGGAGAAUUAGAAUUGAUAACUGAUAAUUAACAGCCGCCGUUACAUGGUAUGCAAUAUAUGGUAAACCUCCUAAUCAAUUUCAGCGAUUUUUGUCUUGCAUUAAAAGAAUAUUCCCUGCUAUUAUUGAUUGACGUGCACGGAUACACACUGUGGGUAUAUAUAUUAUGUCUUAUGGAGGUGACACGUUGUUGCUUUAUGAAUGAAAUAAAUAAUUUAAAAACUAA